GCUGUUCCCGCCCGCGGGGAGGGAGGGUGGGACGGAGGUGGCGGGGACGGCUGAGGCGGUCGUGGCUCUGCCCGAGGUCUCCUGAAGUCGCCUCUCCCUCCCAGCGCUCUUCGGCGCCAGAACGUUUUCGUUUGUCCCCAGGUAGUGCAUGGGACACAGGAAGAGUCUGAAUAUAACUUAAGACCAUGGCAGCACGCUGGAGAAGAAUCCUGGUCAUAUUUGUGGCAGCUCAAGUACUAUUUGUGGUAAAUACCUUUGAGGAAGAGGAGGUACCCGAAGAAUGGAUUCUUCUUCAUGUUGUCCAAGGUCAGAUUGGAGCAGGAAACUACAGCUAUUUGAGACUAAAUCACGAGGGAAAGAUAGUACUUCAGAUGCAGAGUUUAAAAGGUGAUGCGGACUUGUAUGUAUCUGAUAUGACGCUUCACCCCAGCUUUGACGAGUACGAGUUACAGUCUGUAACCUGUGGCCAAGAUGUCGUCCACGUGCCCGCGCACUUCCGCCGCCCGGUGGGAAUAGGGAUUUAUGGUCAUCCCUCUCACCUGGAGAGCGAGUUUGAAAUGAAAGUAUACUACGACCGAACAGUUGUGCAGUACCCAUUUGGUGAGGCUUCCUACAACCCUGAGGAGAUGGAGGCAAACCAGAAAUACUCACAGUCUGCAGAAGACGAAUCUCAGGAUGAGGAGUCUGUUUUCUGGACUAUACUUAUUGGAAUCUUGAAACUAAUACUUGAAAUUCUUUUUUAAAUCAAUACACACUGGACUAACACUUCAGCCUGUGAAAUUGAACAUGGAUAACUUGCUGUAAUAUUUAAUACACUUUGUUAUGUUUCCUGAAGAAUUAUUCAGGUUACUUUUCCUAAACCAGAAGGGAAGUGGGGGAAAAAGCCAUAUUUAAUUUUAUAUUGUAAAUCCUCCCCUAUGUGUAAAAUGAGCAGCGAGCACAGUAUUUGCAGUGUUCUUCAGAGAACGGGGCUUAAAAAUGAGUGUAUGGUUGGGAUCUUGGUAAAUUCACUUUAAACAGGUGCUUAGGAAAAUCACCUCCAAUUCAGUAUUUUCUAUUGUUUUUUAUUAAAAAAAAAGUGAAAUAAACUGCUGCACUUCAGUGCCCCCUCUCAAUUUAGAGCACACUUAAAAAUAAAAUCUACUACUUUUCUGAGCAAGUAAACUAAUUAGCAAUGGGUUUAGAGUGUAUUCGAGUUGACGAACCUAGGGUGAAGGAAGGAAAAACCGAUCAAUCACCUAAGGGGAUAGACGAUCUAUAUUUUGACUGCUUGUGCUCUACGUUAUGCCAACCAUCUGUCAAGCAGAGGGCUGUCCAGUCACUCAUCACCUCUGCAGAUCCAUGACCUGAAUCAAGUGCAUGUUACUCCUUUGCUGCCCCUGCAGGGAGAGUAAGCCUUCAGCUGUUGUUACUUGUCAGUAUGACAUUUUCAUUCCUCAUCAAAAGCAAUGCAGCAUAUAAUAUCUUGAACUUGAGAGGUGUUUUCUUACACCUCCCUUUAUAGCUUUUUGUGAUUGAUUUUUUUUUUUAGUACAUCUUUAUGAAUAAGUCAUUAGCUUGCAAAGAAAACUUCUGCUGAAAGGAAUUCACAGCAUAUUGUAAGAAGGUCAGGGCAUGCCUACUCUUCCUUCAAAGUUAGUUUUUCCAGGAGUAUUUUUUGCUUUGAUUGAGACUUUCAAAAUAACCAGCUGCUAUGCAAAUAGUGUAUAUUUAAAUUGCUCUGUAAUUUUCUUUUCACAGAGCUUACUGAUGAGUGCACUGAAACAAGAACAUUACUAUAAUUUUAUACAAAUGGUGCAUGUACAAUUUAAAUUUCAUUACUGAAAGCCUUCUCGAGUGGGAAUUUGGCUUGUCUGUCUCUAUCUAGACACCUGACAGGACAUGAUUAGUGACUUGUAUCAGAAAAAAGUCAUUAUAUAGCCAAAAUUAAAAGUUUAUUUGGUAAAAAG